AUGGAGCUUUCAAUAUCAACACCAAGAUCCGCCCUGAUCCAACAACCCCCAAAACAAAUCACUAGCACCGACAACAAUACCAUGAACGCCAACUCCCAUCUAACCACCCUCCCAACCGAACUCCUCCUCUCCAUAGCCCAAAACCUCGAAAAAGAAACCGACCUCAACGCCCUUAUCCAAACAUCCCCCUUCUUCCACACCACCUUCCAAGAAACCCUCUACAAAACAUGCUCGGACCCGCAAUCCAAAUUCAUCUGGGCAUGCAACAACAACCACACCCUCCUCGCAGAGAAAAUGUUAGCCAGAGGCGCAACGACGCGCAUCCCACUAGUACCUGCUAAACGCCCAGCAUGGGUGCUCCCCCGAUUAACUCGAGAUCGAGAGCGAGAGCGAGCUUCGGGGCCGCGGCCAGAGGCAAUUCCGCUCAUGGCGGCGGCGAGGAAUGGGGGUGUGGAGAUGGUGCGGUUUUUGAUUGCCCGGGAUCGGGGGUUAGUUCGUUUGUUGGAUGGGCGGGGGUUUUCGGCGCUUUGUUAUGCGGUUCAGUUUGGGCAUGAGGAUAUUGUGGUGGUUUUGUUGGGGGUUGAUGAGCUUGAGGGGGAGGGAGAGGGGGGGUUAAAUGGUGAUGGGAGGUCUGAGAACGGUGAUAGCAUGAGAAGAGGGGCUAAGAAGGAACGGGCUUGGAAGGCGGUUAAUCCGAUUAAUGUAGCGUUGGAAUGGGGGAGGAGUGAGAUUUUGAAGAUCUUGUUGGAGGAUGGGCGCUUUGGAUUCGAUGAGGGGAGUCUUUUGGCGGCGGUUUUGGGGGCCGAGGUUGAGUGUGUGCGGGUUUGUUUGGAGAUUGAUACGGUUGGAGAAGGGGUUGAUGAUGAAUAUCAUGUUUUCAGGGAGGCGGAGUUGGCGGAGGCCUGUGACCGGGGUCUUGAAGAUAUUGUUCUUCUGAUGCUGGACCGGGCGAGGGGGAUUGACCCGAAUCGGGCUACGGGACGGGGGAUGAGGACUCCGUUGAUUAAUGCGGCCAGGAGUGGCCAUGAGGGCGUUGUGAAGAUCUUGCUUGCUAGGGACGAUGUUGAUCCUGCGAAGCCGUCCAGGUCAGGAUGUACGCCGUUCUGCUGGGCUGCGGUGAAAGGCCAUGUCGGAGUUAUGAAGCUUUUAUUGGAGACGGGCAAGGUCGAUGUUAAUUCGCAGAUGGAUGAUCUGAGAACGCCGCUGUCUUGUGCUGCUGCUGCUGGGAGACAAGAUUCCGUUCGCUUUUUGCUCUCGCUUGACGAGGUCAGAGUCGAGUCUAGGGACGUCUAUGGCCGCACGGCGAUUUCUUUGGCUGCGGCAAAAGGUGCUGCGGGCACGGUGAGGGUGUUGUUGGAGUCUGGGAGGGUCGACCCUGAGGCAAAAGAUCAGAUUUAUGGAUUUACUCCUCUGAUUACUGCGAUUGAGCAGGGGGAAUUUCACGAAAAGCCACGCUAUGAUCAUUUCGAUGGGUUUCUUGCUGCCCUUCCCUCUGCCAGUCAGGACAUUCUCAAUCUAUUGCGUGGUGAGGAUGUUCCUGUUUCUUCGGGCUGGACUCGGACAGAAAUAAGCAGCAAUGAUGGUAGGGAGAGCAAAUCAAAGGGUCGCGAUGCCCUGGAAGUGAUGAGAGUCUUUCUUGCAUGCCCGGACUUGGUGAACCCGAACACAUCGAGGAACGAUGGCAAAACACCUUUGAUGCAUGCAAUAGACAGACGUCAGGUUGAUGCCGUGCAGUUACUGCUGUCGACAAGCAGGAUAGAUGUCAAUAUUACGGAUAAUAACGGGCAAACCGCGUUGGAAUACGCGGAAGAGAUAUUUAGGCGCGGCCAGAUGGAGGCCAGCUGGGAACUUGAUGGCACGCCCUGUGAUCUGGAACCAGUUGGCUUGUGA